AUGUCUUCUUCAACAAGUCCCCCAUCAGCUUCUACUCCACGAAUUUUGAUUGUUUGCCGAGCUCAUUCUCGGAAAAAUAAACGAAUCGAUUAUGUCGGCGAGCAUCACCUUGAGUGGAUACAAAGAUUCGGUGGUUUGCCCAUCAUCAUCCCACGAACGCCAUCAACGGCGAGCCAGCUUCAUCUCUACCUUCCUAUGGAUGGUUUGUUGCUUAUCGAAGGAGAAGAUCUGAGUCCAGAGUUUCAUCCAUACACUGGCAACUCAAAGAAUACUCCAAAUAGCACGAGAUCGACUGACGAUGGAAUUGGUCGAGAGUUCGAUGUGAAGACUCUUGAAGAAAUUCGUCAGCAACAUCCUUCAGAUGUUUGUUAUGAUCAUUGCAAAGACGAAAUUGAGUGGAAGCUCUUGAAACUAGCAAGAGAAGAAGAAAUCCCGAUACUAGGAAUCUGUCGCGGAUGCCAGCUGUUGAACGUUGCUUGUGGGGGAACUCUUUAUUUUGAUAUUCAACAUCAAGUAAGAAAAUCGUCCAAUUGGAGAACACAUCAGUUUCUUGACAAGGUUCCGAAUGCCAUCCCCCACAUCUCUUACAACGACUACGAUGGUUAUCGGCACCCGCUGCGAAUUCUUCCGAAUACUCCACUAGCUCUCUGGUAUAACGAUGAAAUUCAGCAUCAAUCUGGGAACAUUAUUGAAGUGAACAGUUAUCAUCAUCAAAGUGUGAAGCAACUUGCUGAUAACUUACUUCCAAUGGCUUAUAGCGAAUUGGAUGGAGUGGUUGAGGGGGUCUAUGAUCCUUCACACUUUCAGCCAGAAAUUGGGAAGUUUUGUAUCGGAAUCCAAUAUCACCCAGAACGUCUUGGAGAUGAAGCACACAGAGGAGGAGGACUCAAAAUCUAUGAAGCAUUCAUCACCGCUGCUAGAAAUUUUGGAAUUCAGAGAAAGAAAACAAAGAGUAUUUAA